CCACGACGUCGCGAGUCAGUCAAGAAAACACAGUUAUUGAUCGACGAGAGUAUGGAACAGGAGCAAGACGAAGAGGAGCGCCAGGAGAGUCUGGAGCAGGUUUACUUGGCAGCCGUUGAGAAGGGAGAUUUGGAUGCAGUGGAGUACGCCCUCAAGCAUAAGGAUGAGAUAAACGUGAUGGCCGUCGAUAACAAUGGAAGAAGUGCCAUGGUGAUUGCCCUUCUUAAUGGCCAUAUAGAGAUAUUGAAGUUACUCUUAAAACACAAGAUUCACGUUGGUGACGCACUGCUGAGAGCUGUUGAUCUGGAUUUCUUUAAAGCCGUUGAAAUCUUAUGUGAAAGUUCCCGUUUUCUCCGUAGACGUGGAAUUGAUAUUAUCAACUGUAGAUCUGAAAAUGAAGACUUCCACCAAGUUAUUACGCCGAUUGUAUUAGCGGCACAUCACAAUAAUUACGACAUUAUCAAGAUUCUUCUUGAUCACGGAGCUCAUAUCGAAGACCCCGAGUCAGCGUGUUCCCUGGGCACACUGCUCGUCUACAGGGCACUGUCUAGUGAAGCCUUCAUUACUCUGACCAGCAAAGAUCCUAUCGAUACUGCGUUCAUAUUGAGCGGGAAGCUGCGAAAAUUGAGCCAACGGGACGUGGAAUUUGGCGCCGAGUACAUCGAACUGGAAGAGCAGUGCGAGACGUUCGCUGCUGACUUGCUGGCCCAGACACGGAAUACUCGGGAGACUCACACGAUUCUUACAUACAACCCGACAGAGUGGGCAAAAUCCGAGAAAAUUGAUGCGAAAAUGCCGCACAAGGCAUUCACCGCAGUUAAGUACAGACAAAAGAAGUUUGUUGCUCACCCACAUUGUCAACAGUUUCUGAUUGAACGUUGGUAUCGUGGUUUGACUGACUGGAGAGAACGAAGUAGUUUCUCGAAAAUUAUUAUUAGCAGCUUGCUUAUGAUAUCAUUCCCUUUUCUGUCCAUUCUGUACUUAUUGUUUCCAAGAGGACAAGUGACGAAGUUGUUGCAAAUACCGUAUGUUAAAUUCCUAAUGCAUACGGCAUCAUCGUUGGGAUUUGUUACCUUGAUCUUCCUUUCUCUGUUAAGAGUCGAAGACUGGACAUACGUAGGAGGAGCAUAUAGCUCGACAAAUGUGCUGCAAUAUUUCUUGUUGCAGGACAGUCUUCGUGGGAAACAACCAAGUUUGGUUGAAACUUUUAUGUUUAUUUGGGUAUUAGGGAUGACAUGGAGAGAAAUAAAAGAGUUAUGGAAAAAAGGCGCAGUGUCAUAUUCAUUCGAUUCCUGGAAUAUUAUGGACUUUGUUCAGCUGGCACUGUAUUGGAUAUCAUACACACUGAUGAUGGUAUCAUGGCUGAUUUGGAGACGGAAAUAUCAAGAGCUUGAUGCUUUAAAUGAAUCAGUUGGAAGUAACAGUGUAUUUGAAAUAAGACGGAAGAGGAUGUCAGUUAUGGAAUUGGACUCCUAUAUGCAGGACAACACAAUACCGGAUUUAAAAAGCUAUGUUGACCAAGCGAUUACUAAUAUCACAGGAUUCGUUGCAGACUCUCAUAACCAACAGUUUGCAAAACUGACACAAACACUUAUAAACAAUUUCAGCUGUACGACGUCCAGUGAAACGGCCACAGAGGCACCAAUACAGUUCUUGAAGGACUACUCAAGUGAGCAGUUCAGAGUAGAGUCGCGGGCCGGCUGGAGUGGCUAUGACCCUGAUUUAGUUGCAGAAGCAGUGUUUGCCAUGGCCAACAUUAUUAGCGUGCUUCGUCUGAUCAACAUUGUUGUUAUAAGUAAACAAGUUGGUCCACUUCAGAUCUCUCUCUGGAAGAUGUUUUAUGAUAUAGUAAGGUUUCUGGCAAUCUUUGGUUUUGUUCUAUUAGCAUUUGCUGUGGGUUUGACCCAAUUGUAUAAAUUCUAUUCGUCACUAACCAUACUAGAAUGCCGGCAUGAACAAGCACUAUCCAGUUGCUACAGUGGAUUUACAAGUCUGACAAGCACGAUUCGGGCGCUAUUCUGGACCUUGUUCGGUGUGUCUGCUCUGGAAAAACUAGAAGUUACCGCCAAUCACCCAUUUACAGAAAUUGUAGGCGAGAUUGCCUAUGCACUGUACGGUAUUGCAGCAGUAAUCAUACUUCUCAACGCCCUGAUUGCAAUGAUGAGCAACACAUAUACUAGAAUCGAGGAAAAUUCGGACAGAGAGUGGAAAUAUUCCAGAGCCCAGCUGUGGAUGAGCUUUUUCGAAGGUGGUGCAACAGUCCCGCCGCCAUUCAACAUCAUUCCAAGUGUGAAGAGUAUAUACUAUAGAAUGAAAUCACUCAUAUAUGCUUGUUGUCCUAGGUUACAAAGGAAACGAACCAAGAAACAAUGGGAUAAAAUUGCCGAUUUAGAACGACGUUAUGAGGAAGUCAUCCAGCAGUUAGUCAGUAGAUACUGGGCUGAAAAACGAUCUGGAGGUCAUGAAAAUGAAAAACACGUGUCUCAGGUGGACAUCCUACGUCUGAAGCAGGAUAUAUCAGGUUUAAGGUAUGAGGUGCUUUCAAACUUACACAGAAGUGAUAGGUCCAUUCAGCACAUUAGGAACUUCACAGCCAGCAUUAUGAAGAGUUUGCUUGACAUCAGAUCUACUAUAGCAGAGUCUAAUCGGGAAGAUAGUGCUGGGAUUGUUAAGUUACAAGAGGAAAUGACCUCAAAUGUUAUAACAAAUGAUAACAUUUUGAAAAACGCCGAAGACGAAAUGCAAAUACCAAAUAGUCGUGCCGUGAUGAAAAUGCAAGAAAAACUAAGCCAUGGUCCAACAGAUAGUUUAACCGAUGCCUCGCUGGCCAAACCAUCUAUGACCACAGUUUCAACCCAAACAGAAGGCACGUGUGUGUUGUAUGACACGGAAGAAGAUUCGAUGCUGUUUAAUGCCGAAACAGAUAAAGAAACUUCCAUAAAUGACGAUAUCGAUGAAGCUGAGGCAAUGCCACGAGACACCGUUCCCGUGGAACCCGCAGCUUUGUUUGCAGAAGCAAGGGCACCCAGACAACCAAAACCGUUCUGGGUGCAUUCUAAAUUGGAGCCUUCACAUUCUUCGGCCACACCAAGUCCACCUCAAUCGUUACAGGAAACGGAAGGCGUGUCUCCAAUAUAUGCGCUGUAUGAAAGGUUAAUUAAAGAUUAAAUUAAUCUGUUAAUUUUACAUUUGUAACUUUGGAUAUAACAUCAACCCCUAAUAUGGCAAGGGAAAUAUGCAGUACUGUGGAGUUAUAUAUGGGUGAUAACAUGGAUUGUUUGCAUGUUACUAAAAACAAAUAACAGGAUAAUAUGAUAACACAUAUAAUUAUAUAUUUUAUAAUUAUGUAUUACUGGAUUAUUUUUGUAUUUAUUGUCAACUCCCAUUAAUACAUUGGAAUAAUGAAUUAUUGUAUUAACACUAUUUCAAUAUUUAAUACCACGUGAAACAGAAGAAUUUACUAAAACUGAUUAUAUGCACAUACAUUGCUAAAACUAAAAACAUAGUAACGCCAGAUACAUCGGCAUUUUUUUUCUACUUUACUUGAUACUUGGUCCAUGCAAUGUACACAUAUUAAUUAGUCCGAAAUAUAUCAGUGCUUAUUCGACAAUAUAACUUCUGUCUGUCAUAUCAGUGACGUAAUGAACGUUAUAACAUAGGCACUGUGGUAUUCAUAGUUCCAACCUUGCUCAAUAAUACAUGUAUUGAAUGCAAAACUAUGUAAAUCAGGUAAAAUAUUUCCUUCUAAAGUUACUUUUUCUUGGCAGUUGUUGCACAACUUGAAUUGCCACGGUGCAUUUGGACACUUCAUUUAAAAUGUUUAAUGUAAUUAGUUAUGUAUAUUUGUAAUUCUACCCGAAGACGAUCAGGCAGCUCUACUGCAACUGAUAUUGUCAACUGCAUUGACUGCAUUACAACUCAGGUUGACUACUUAUACUUAAGUUUUCAGCAGGGUAUUCAAUUAUGUCAGCUGCAUUUUACCAAUUCACCACUCAUUACAGUAUUACGGUGUAUGCGGUUAUCUUGAAUCAUGACUUGGUGGUCAUUGGCGGUCCUCAUGGAAAGCUGUUGCCAUGUUUUAAUGUCUGCAUUCAUUUACACGCAUACUAGAAUUUCUGCGCCCUCUGGUGUUAAGAUUGUAAACUCAAACUUCAUCUAAUCAAAUGGAAUGUGCAUUACUAUUACAUAAUUGUGUACAUUUCAUCGAAUACGUAAAAGUUGAAUAAAUAUUAUUGUUUCUAAAGCGUUCAAAA